UUCCAGCCGGCCAUUUAAUUUAUUUUUUUUUCCAAAAAAAGGAAACUAAGACUUAAAACAAAAAUAGAAACCAAAAGAAAAAAAGGAAAUCAAAAGGGAAAUUGAAUUCCAAUUUGGAAUCUCCGGCGAUGGGACGGGUGGCAGAGUUAGUUAUAAACCCGUCGUCAACGGCGGCAACGACGGCGGCGGCGGCGGCGGUGACGUAUCAAUUAAAUGAAGCAAUAAAUUGGUGGGAAGAUAUAAACAGAUCUAUUCAAUGGCAAAACCGUAUUUUCCACGUCCUUGCUAUCUUAUACGGCAUUGUUGCUGCUAUUGCACUCGUUCAAUUAAUUCGUAUUCAAAUGAGAGUUCCCGAAUAUGGUUGGACCACUCAAAAAGUCUUCCACUUUCUCAAUUUCUUUGUGAAUGGAGUUCGGUCGCUAGUUUUUGUAUUUCGUCGGGAUAUUCAGAAGUUGCACCCUGAGAUUGUCCAACAUAUUAUGCUUGAUAUGCCAAGCCUUGCAUUCUUCACAACUUAUGCUCUGCUAGUAUUAUUCUGGGCUGAGAUAUACUACCAGGCACGUGCUGUAUCCACGGAUGGGCUUAGACCUAGUUUCUUUACAAUUAAUGGAGUGGUUUAUGCUAUUCAGAUUAUAUUAUGGCUGAUAAUAUGGUGGAAACCUAUUCGAGUACUCGUCAUCUUAUCGAAGAUGUUCUUUGCAGGUGUAUCCCUAUUUGCAGCAUUGGGGUUUCUCCUUUAUGGUGGAAGGCUUUUCCUUAUGUUACAACGGUUUCCAGUAGAAUCAAAAGGGAGACGCAAGAAGCUACAGGAGGUUGGAUAUGUCACGACAAUCUGUUUUUCAUGCUUCCUCAUUAGAUGCGUUAUGAUGUGCUUCAAUGCAUUUGAUAAAGCUGCAGAUCUUGAUGUUUUGGAUCAUCCAAUUUUGAAUUUGAUAUAUUACCUGUUAGUCGAGAUACUGCCUUCAUCGCUUGUCCUAUUUAUUUUGAGGAAGUUGCCUCCAAAGCGAGGGAUCACACAGUAUCACCCUAUUCGCUAAUACGUUAAGAGGGUAGAUAAUGAUGGAAAUCAAGCUCCGGGAUCAGGUAUCGAGUGAGUUGGCUUUUAAUGAUACUUUUCUUACCUGGAUGUGACAUGCAAGCAAGAAAUAUGAGGGGGAGUGAUCAUGUAAAUGGGAGUAUGGUUCGUGGUGUGGACAGUGAAAUGUCUGUUUGUCCUCACACUUGACAGAUUGUAGUUCUGCUUUUGUACUAUUAGUUAAAGAAGGAAUUGUGAAGUAUUUUAUGAUUUUUAGUAUAUUAUUUCGUCCUUGUAUGUGUCAGAUUUCAAUUGAUUCAUUUUUUUUCCCACAGAAAUUCAAUGGUUGUUUCCCAGCUCGGGUUCUGUAAUCAUUUGACUCACUCUUAGAUAGUGGUUGGUUUUAUGUGAACAUCAAAUAUUCUGACUGUUGGUUACUGGA